GAAUAGGUAAUUUAAUAAUUUACAUUCAUAUGUUCGUACCAUUUUGCAACAAAACUUUGAAAAAAAAUGGAAUCAGUAAAGUUUCUGGAAUGUUUUGGAAGAGUUCCAAAACUUGAUAGGCUUACAAUUAUUAACAAACGCUUCACACUCUCCUUUUUAAUGUUUAUUGGAUUUACAAUAAUGUCUUCUGGAGUUAUGUUGACUCAUUCAAACAGAUGUUUGAGCUCAUCGCAUGGAGAGCUUGACGAUCCAUUCGUACACCUCUCAAGUUUUUUUAUAGGCUACAUAACAAUCCAAGUUCCAGCUGCUUGUAUUAGUUUAAAAUUUCCACCCAUAAUUUGGUUUGGUCGAACAAUUUUUGUCCACGCAAUUCUAUUAUUUGCAGUAGCGUUAUUUGGAAGUCUUGGAUACGUAUUUCUGGUAGUAUUGAAAUUUCUUGAAGGUGCUUUGGCAGGGAUAGUAUUUAUAGAAUGCAAUGCCGCUUGGAAAAAUUGGACACCUGCUGCUGAACGGUCUACAUUACUCUCAUUCGCUUUGGCUGGAGGGUAUCUAGGAGAUUUAUUUGGGAUAAUAUUGUCUAAAUUUUGUUCAUCAUUACCAUUAUGGAUGUUUGUAUGUUGCAUGAUUGGGAGUUUUGGUGUAAUAUGGUGGUUAGUUUGGGAGCGUACUGCAUAUGAAACACCAAAUAAACACCCGACCAUAAGUAAUGAAGAAUAUAAUCAGAUCCAUCCAAUCAUUCAAGAUGAAAUACGACCAACUGAGAGUGUAUCAUGCAAACAAAUUAUUUUGUCAACCCCGUUUCUAGUGUUGGUAGUUCUUAAUAUUGUGAGAUCUUGGAAUGCAAGGUUUUUAAGUUAUCAUAUAAAGGAUGCGAUCAUUAUGUGUUUUAUAAGAUUCACUUCAUUUAUAUUAUCUGGAUAUUUGGCUGAUGUUUUGGUACGAAAAACAUCAUUAACAAUAACAAAUGUUCGAAAAUUAUUCAUUAUUGGUGUUACUUUAUUUGAAGCCGUUUAUUUCUUUACAUUAAUGUAUCAUAGAAAAAAAGGAAAAUUGGUUAUACAUAGUUUCUUUUUUAAUGCAAAUAUUAUAUCAUAUGGCAUUUAAUGCGGUUAGCGUAAAUUCUGUCGAUGUAGCACCAAGUCAUGCUGGUGUUACAGUUGCGAUUAUGAAUAUUAUAUCUCAUGUUAUUCUCUCAUUUGGAUUCAAAAUUGAAAUGUUUUUUAAUAAUAGAAAUUGGACCGGUGUGGCAGAUUUCAUUUCAAUAGUUGUACAUUUAAUUGUUGGAGUAAUAUAUGGAAUUUAUGGAACUGCAGAUCCUAUCACCGUGAAAGAAUAAUGAUGCUAUUUACAAAUUGCUUUUCUAGGCUGUUACAUUAAUUAACAAAUUUUAGAUUAGUUUGACAAAAUACAUAAUUGGUUCACAGUGAUGUCGUGAUUAUUCCGUCUUACCUGUGGUAUAUGUCCAGUACAAAUAGAAUUUGCUAUAGUAAAUCUAGCUAAUUAAGCACACUUACUUACUGGAGUUGUUUAUGGAAUUUAUGGAACUGCAAAUCCUAUCACUGUGAAAUAAUAAAACGAACCAUUCAAAAAAAUGUACUUUAUUAUUAUGAGA